UUCUCUAAAAUUCACCUUCUUUUUUUGCAGAUCCCAUGCAGUGUGGGAGAUGGUAAUGAACGAACUGGAUCCAAGAGAAGAUCCAUCAAAUGAUGAAUAUCUCCCCGGUUGUGGUAUGGUCGAUUCGUGCAGCAACAUUCUCAUCGCUGAUCAAUUCUACAAUGUCCUAAUUCACAACUUUGAUAGGCACUACAAUCAAAAUAAAGCACCAUUGGGUCUUCAUUUCCACACCACUUGGUUAAAGAACAAUCCCGAAUUUUUCGACGCAUUCGUCUACUGGGUGGAUGAAGUUUUAGAAAAUUACAAUGACGUCUACUUCGUAACAAUGACCCAAGCUAUUAAAUGGAUCCAAAAUCCACAAACAGUGAGUGAAUCAAAGAGUUUCGAAUCAUGGCGUGACAAGUGUGUUGUGUAAGGUUCACCAACUUGUUGGGUUUUGUUUUUAUUGUCGUUGCCAUUUGAUAAUAAUUAGCAUU